AUGACGUGGCAGCUUGGAGGCCUGUUGGAUUUCACGUACAAUGAAACUUUUAUAAGUAACUACAUUGGCAAAUCCGAUAGCUUCUACGAGAACGCCGAGAAUAUUAUUACAAUAAUGAGAGAUUUAGCGCCGAGCUGCGAGGAGAUGUUGCUCGGUUGCAUGUGGGCGGGCGUACGUAUCGAUUGUAAGAAGCUCUUCACCGUGCAGCGUACGUUCAGAGGUCACUGCUGCGCGUUCAACUACGUCCUGGACUAUGCCAACGCGACUGGGAUACCUAAGUCUACUAAACCAACCACGGAGCGACAGUCUCACCCCGGCGACUUUAAUGGUUUGAACAUAAUAAUAGACCCAUUAAUCGAAGAUUACGCCUACACAUCUCGCAUCGUGCACGGAAUAGAAAUACUGAUUUUCGAUUCAAUGCAUUUCGCUGACCCGAACGGAGGCCGGAUGAUCCAGCGGAUCGUUGAGCCCGACAAGGCGAUUUACAUACAGCUCCAAUCGGUAAAGCAGGUCGCAACUAGUGAAGUGCGGAAAUACGGACCUAAAACGAGAAAGUGCCUCUUUCACGAUGAAAGGAAGGAAAUAUUUAACGAUAUGUACUCCUACAACGCCUGCAUAGUCCGGUGUCGGAUCAUCGCCAUCCAGACCAUAUGCAAAUGCACACCGUACUUCCUACCGGCCGGUUCGGACAUACCCUCGUGCACGUUGCAGCAAUUGCCGUGCCUAAACAAAUACCAAGACAAACUCCGCUUUAUAUUCCCGUUUGGCGCGGAGCGUAAAGAGGGCUUGGAGAUGGAGUUCCAAGAUGCUCUGUAUUGCCCCGCCUGCUAUCCUGACUGCGAGUUUAUUAAUUACAAAUCUAAGACCUUCAAAAUCGAUCUGCCGCAAUUAUACGUCGAUCAAGGGCUUAAGCAGUAUAGAAUGUUAGAGUAUGUUUGUUUACCUUAUCGCAUAAGUAGAAAG